UCUGGUUCUCUUUCGAAAUAUUUAACCUUUCGCCAAUACUCCACAUCUUCAUUGUUCUAUAACAUUGAUGUACAAUCAUUGACAGCUUCAGAUUGGCAGUUUAGUUAUCGCUCGCCUACUCUGAGACUCGAUAAAAUGAAACUGUUCCUAAUCCUGUCGAGUCUCCUCGCGAUCCAGGCUGGAGUGAUCAAGGAGGAAUCAAUAGAAGUGGAAGAGAAAGUCUGCGAUGGCAUUAUCAUCAAUGGAACUUACCACGAACAAGAAAUCCUGCACAGAGAUCUAGAUCGACCGUUCCUCCUAUCAGUAGAUCACAGUACAAACGAUCUUUACUUUAGUUACAAUGUUAAGGUAGAUGAAGACGAUUUUCGCUCAGCAAGACUCAAUUUGAACUCAAAAGAGUUUAAGAACAUUGAAGGUGUUUCUAAUGGGUUUGCUCAAGCCGUAGAUCCUAGCACCAACGACAUUUACAUCGGAGGAAGCGACGGUAUCUACAAAUACGACCCUAGAAACAACAAAGCCGAAUUAUUUGCCCAAAGAGGCAUGAACAUUUGGACGUUAUAUUACAAAGACUUUCUUUACUUCUCUAAUUUCCCGUCACAAUUCCUUUACGUAUUAAUAGACGGAAAGAGUGAAAGAUUAGCAGAAUUACAAGACACUAAAGUUGAACACUUCGUUAUCGAUAAUGAAGAUGUGAUGUUUUACACUAAUAAUACAGGAUUGUACGGACACAAGAAAGGGACACUAGACUCAGUGCUUUAUAAAGAAAUAGGAAGUAUAGGAAUCAGAGCUCUAACAACAGAUAUAAAUGGUAAUGUGUAUGCCUGUUUCUCUGAUGGUGUGUAUGCUGUAAGAAAGGCCACGCAAAGUUUAGAGAAGAUUUUCGAUAUAGACGAUGCGUUUGGACUUGCGUUUGAUAAUAAUAAUAAUAUAGUGUACUCUGACGCUGUAAAACUUAUUAGAUUGAGGCCGAAUAGGAGCAAGUCAUGUUGAGUUUUUUUUAUUGUAAUAAAGUUUUUUAAGUGUUUUUCUUUUUCUUUAGCA